CCUCUUACUAUCAUCUAUUUUAGCAGCCGACGCGUUACGUCCAUCACCACUUUUUCUAUCUCGAAAGUGGUUUCUAUUUCGAUCUUAUUAAUUUUAUAAUUUUUUUUUCAUCUCUAAACACUCGACAAUAUGUCUGGACGCGGCAAAGGUGGCAAAGGUCUCGGCAAGGGCGGCGCCAAGCGUCACCGUAAGAUUUUACGUGACAACAUCCAGGGUAUUACCAAGCCCGCUAUCCGCCGUCUCGCUCGCCGUGGUGGUGUCAAGCGUAUCUCCGCCAUGAUUUACGAAGAAACCCGUGGUGUCCUCAAGACCUUCCUCGAAUCUGUUAUCCGUGACGCCGUCACCUACACCGAACACGCCAAGCGUAAGACCGUCACCUCGUUGGACGUGGUCUACGCCCUCAAGCGCCAAGGCCGUACCCUGUACGGUUUCGGUGGUUAGGCUGCUGUUAAUUGGUUGAUAUUGUUUGCGUGCUUUGAGUUUCGAUUUUCUGAUGGGUAUAUCUCGGGGUUUAUGGUUUAUACGGUUAACUGGGUCAUGGAGUAUCAAGGAUGCGGGUAUUCCUAAUGCGUUACGGAUUUAUUUACCUGUUUUACCGUCAAUGUGAAUAGCACUUGAUGGGUUCGGAAUUAGAAUGGAAUUGACUUGCACGACUCCUCAAUUGUGCCAUUGCCCAAAGUUCGUGGAUGUAUUUAAAUCUAUAGUGAACUCUGUACGGAGUAGCCUUGUGGCAUGUCCCUUAGAAAAUCGAUCCAGCCGAAUCACAUGCCUAUCAGUUACCAUGACGUCAUCUCCCCAAGAUAUCUCCGAUGCGACAGAAUCAAGACCAACCAUGAUCCAUCCCUUAUCAUUCUGAUUUC